AUGAAGAUAAAUCUAAUAAGUCAGGUAGUAAGACCAAACGCCACAAUCGUCAUCGACAUAAGAAAUAAAAAAAGGGAAGAAACAACUUCUGAUGAUGAUUAUUUGGAAAAACACUUUGCCGAACAAUCACGUGAUUUAAAAUUUUACGAUUUCCCAGCUUACUGGAAAGAUAAUGAAAUAUAUGAAACGUUAAAACAAGUUGGUUAUGUAGAGAAGCUUGAAGUCAGAUGGAAUUAUAAGAUGUUUGAUACAAAGCUGGACGCAGGGCAAAUUAAAAAAAGAUACUCUUGGCAAGCAUAUAAAAAAUUAGAUGAAAAAGACAAGAAGAGAACAGAAUAUGAAGUAGUUAAAAAAUUUGUAAAAACAUACGGUGAUAAUUUAGAGGCAAUUUAUAGAUCCACCAUGGACGAAGACAUGGGAAAUGUACCUACAGCAACAACAUCGAAAGGUGACACAUUUGUAGAUGCUCAAUCAAGUCCUCUUUCUACGAUACCAAGAAGUAAGGAAGAGCACGAAGAAUUGGAUAAUUGA